AUGACUGUAGAGUUACUGGAAAUUGAAAAUUAUCUUUGUGCUUUAGCCACGAAAAAAGUGGGUCCUAUUAUAAAGACAAAGUCAGGAACUCAAAGAGAUUAUGAAUUAAAGACGGGCUCAAGAAAAGUCGAUAUCGUCACUGAAAUUGAUAAGCAAGUUGAGAAAUUGAUUUGGGAGUCAUUGAAAAAGGACUUCCCAACUUACAAGUUUGUUGGAGAAGAAAGCUACGUGAAAGGUGUUACAAGAAUCUCUGAUGACCCAACUUUUAUUGUUGAUCCAAUUGAUGGUACCACUAAUUUUGUGCAUGAUUUCCCCUUCAGCUGCACUUCGAUGGGAUUAACAAUCAAUAAAGUUCCCGUAGUUGGUGUUAUUUAUAAUCCACAUCUGGAUUUACUAGUGUCUGCUUCUAAAGGAAAUGGAGUAAGAAUCAAUGGUUCAGAAUUUGAUCACAAGUCAAAGAUCGCAGAUAUGGGUCCUUUGACACUAAGUAAGUCAGUUGUAGCAUUGCAGCCUGGAUCUGCUAGGGAAGGUGAUAAUUUCAAGAUCAAAAUGAAAACUUAUGAAAAUUUGCUGUCUGCAGAUCGUGGAUUCGUUCAUGGAUUCAGAAAUCUGGGAUCAUCUGCAAUGACUUUGGCUUACAUUGCCAUGGGGUAUCUAGAUAGCUACUGGGACGGCGGCUGCUAUUCUUGGGAUGUAACAGCCGGAUGGUGUAUAUUAAAGGAAACAGGUGGUCGUAUUGUAGGAGCCAAUAAAGGCGAAUGGCAUAUCGAGGUUGACAAUAGAACUUAUUUAGCUGUCAGAGGGUCUACCGAUUCCACUGGGGAAGAUCAAAAAAGAUAUAUAGAGGAAUUUUGGUCAAAUGUGGAAGGUGAACUCAGCUACACAUGA